AAUUUCUUUAGAAAAAGAAGUUCAUAGCAUCUUAUUGAUAAUCCUAUUCUUGACUAUAGGAUAUAAGAAUACUCUUUUAUUUUUAGGAAAAAAGUUCUACUGCAUCUUCGAGUACAAGUGAAUAAGUUCAUUUAUGAAUGGCUAUGCUCACUUUUCGUAAUGUCUGCUCAGUACCCAGCUCCUUCCAGCUCACUGGCAUCCCAGGGCUGGAGUCCCUGCACAUCUGGCUCUCCAUCCCCUUUGGCUCUAUGUACCUUGUGGCUGUGGUGGGGAAUGUCACCAUCCUGGCUGUGAUAAGGGUGGAACGUAGUCUUCACCAGCCCAUGUACUUCUUCCUGAGCAUGUUGGCUGUUAUUGACCUGGUUCUGUCUACUUCUACCAUGCCCAAACUGCUGGGGAUCUUCUGGUUUGGUGCUGGUGACAUUGGCCUGGAUGCCUGCUUAUCCCAAAUGUUUCUCAUCCACUGCUUUGCCACAGUUGAGUCAGGCAUCUUCCUUGCCAUGGCUUUUGACCGCUAUGUAGCCAUCUGCAACCCACUGCAUCAUACCACAGUGCUCAGUCCUACCAUGGUGGGACGUUUGGGGCUGGCUGCCCUCCUCCGGGGUAUACUCUAUAUUGGACCUCUGCCUCUGAUGAUCCGCUUGCGGCUUCCCCUUUACAAAGCCCGUGUCAUUUUGCACUCCUACUGUGAGCACAUGGCUGUUGUCACCUUGGCAUGUGGUGACAGCAGGGUGAAUAAUGUCUAUGGGCUGAGCAUUGGCUUUCUGGUGCUGAUCCUGGACUCAAUGGCCAUUGCUGCUUCCUAUGUGAUGAUUUUUAGGGCUGUAAUGGGGCUGGCCACCCCUGAGGCCAGACUUAAAACCCUGGGGACCUGUGGUUCUCACAUCUGUGCAAUUCUGAUCUUUUAUGUUCCCAUUGCCGUUUCCUCCCUCAUUCACCGAUUUGGGCACCAGGUGCCUCCUCCAAUCCAUACUCUGUUGGCCAACUUCUACCUCCUCAUUCCUCCAAUCCUCAAUCCCAUCGUCUAUGCUGUCCGCACCAAGCAGAUCCGAGAGCGUCUCCUCCAAGUCCUGAAGACAGAAACUAAGAUUAGAUGACUACUACUUCCUUCUCUCUCAAAUAAGCACGUGGAGAAUGUGCUUAAAUAUGGUGGGCAGCCUCCCAAAUGGUAACUUCAAGAAGUCUGAGAUAUUAGGCCCAAUGAUCUUCAGCUUUAGUAAUUCAAAAGGAAUGAUAAGAAAGAAUGUCCAACUCUAAAUUCUAAGAGUAAAAAAAUGUUUGUUUAAUGACUAUAGGAUAUUUGAUCUGUAAAAGGUACAAAUAACAGUAUCAGUAACAGAAAUAGCAAUUAUUGUUUACUCAGCAAUUACAAGUCACAUAAUUCUUAUGAAUAUGCUGAAAUCUUAUGAGGUACAUAGUAUGUUCACAUUUUACACACAAGAAAAUAGGACAGGGUAGUCUUGCUUUAUAUAUUGCAUCCAUAGUUUAAAUUGCCUAGGUCAAGUGUUUUGAUUAGAGUUUAUAAUAUAUUGUGGUGUUAUAUAAUACUUUCUACUCUGUUUUCUGUGUGUGAUUUAGUAUAAAUCCUAAAAAUCUUGGGCUAUUUCAUUAAAAUUGCCUUAGCUCCAAAAAAAACACAACACAUUUUCUCAUUUAAACGUUUAACAGUUGAGAUGCUGCCAAAACUGUUUGUACUAAUGAAGCAUGGAGUGUUCUAAAAAAAAGACUGACUUGUGUGCCUGUCUGGUAUGGGGAAUACCACUCAUGAAAUAGAAUGUGGCCUGGAAAAAAGUAUCGGCUCAAUGAAGGAAAUGAGACAAAAUGACCAUCUCUCAGCACCACCCUUGUUGCAUUUUCUCUGCAGGUCUACUCCCAUUGAGUGGCCUGAGGCUUGUGAGGGACCCAUGGAAAGAAACACCUUCCUCUUUCCACAGAAACUCUCCUUAACCCCUGAGGCCAUCUGUAGGGUCCCUGAUCGUAGUGUGCUUUUUUGAAUGGAACACACAGUAAGAUAAAGUUUUGAGGUCUGGUAUUUAUAAGAACAUUGGCUUCACCCUCCAGGUAGAAAAUGGAUAAUAUAUGUAAAGCACUUAGUUCCUCAGCUGCUAUAGGUUGAAAAUUACUAAUGUUAUUCUCAACCAUACCACAAAGGCAGGAAUUACUCUCCCUACAUUUCAGAUGAAAUUGAUGUUCCCAGAAGUGAUAAAAGAUUUGCUGAAGAGCAUGCUUAUAAGAGGUAAAAAUAAUAAAUUAAGCCUUUAAAAAAACUCUAAAGCUUCUAGUCUUUUCCUGGCCUUCAUUUUAUUUAACUGUGAAAAAACUGAAUGGCCCUUCUCCUGGGAUCUGAAUGGUUGUGCAUUUAACAUUUCCAACUAGCAAACAUUUUCUGUACCUCUAUGCCCAGCACUGAGAGUGUAUAGAUCAAGAAAGCAGUUUCCUCUCAGCGUUCCCUUUCUGGAGGGAUGACAAAGGGUAGAUAGAGCUGCGUUCAGUACAAGUCUGAUUACAAACUCCAUAACUCAUUAAACUAAACAGGUGGGAAAAUGUUGAGGUUACUAGGUUUCAGGUAUACAACAAACUAUCACUGGACAAGGUAUAAAUGGAGGUAGUCUGAUGUGGACUCCAUCCAGCGGGGUCUGUAUGUUGUAGAUGAGACAAACAAAUUCACACAGACUACGAAAGUCCCGUGGAGAAAAAGGGAUGGCAUGACCACUCUCUGAGAGAGAAAGCGCCCGACCCUUGCCUGGACAGGCUUU